UUACGAGUUUUAAAUUAAGAAUAAUUUGGUAAUUAGGUCUGGUAAAUGUGUGUAAUGUAUCACUAGACUCUGUGAUUAUAUUCGUAUAACCCAGCGACUACAACUAGAUUAAAUAUUGGAAAUUUUGCAACGUCAUAAUACUGUAACUCGGAGAAAUAAGCCAUUAGUGAUUGUUCCCUCCGUGGCUUUCUCCUGGGUGGGUGGAGAGGCUGUCACCCAGCUCCUCCUCCUCUGUCUCUUCCUUCUCUCCCUCCUCCUUCAGGCGUCACCGUCUCUCUCCUAGAUGUUGAUCCCCUCAGAGGCACCUUCUCCGCGGCUGUAGAUUAUCAUCCAUCCUUUGCUGUGUGGAGCUGUUAAAAAACUAAACAGGGAGAAGUUUCUCUCCAGCCAUGCAAAAGGUGGAGGGACGGGUCACUCCGGUCAACCUUCCGUCCUCCAGGGGGCCCAGUGCCCCGGGGUCACCUGCUACUGGCAUUGUGGCCCGGUUGAAUGACCAGGUUGUGGGCUACAGAGACCUGGCAGCUUUACCCAGAGACAAAGCUAUUCUGCAGGUAGAGCGACCUGACCUGAUGACCUACCAACCACACCUGAGCUUCUCAUCACUGGACACUCCACGCAGAGAGAGAUCUCUCUUUUCUCCGUCCUUAUCUCCGAGCAUGUCUCCUGAGGUGAAAGGACGUAGAGCGGAGAGUGACAGUGGUUCACCUGGAGGAUCUUCACUGCAGUUAAACGCAGGACGGAAGAUCAGCACCAGCCUGCAGCAUUUCCACCGCCCAGAAAAUGGAUCCAACAUCUACAGGAAACCUCCCAUCUACAAACAGGAUGCGAGUAAACCCCAGGAGGACACUGGGGUCAUCAGCUCUGCCAAAUUUCCAGCAGCUCAGCCUCCGGAUCCGAACCAGCCGUCCAAGAUAGAGACGGAAUACUGGCCCUGUCCACCGUCACUGGCUGCUAUGGAGAUCGAGUGGAGGAAGAAGAAGCUGCAAGAGGAAGAUGAGUUUGAAGAUCUGACUGAAGAAGCAAAGACGCUUCAAGAGCAGGAGCUGGAGAAGAUCAAGUCAAAUCUGGGUCGAAUGAUCCUGAAGGAGGAGAAGGAGAAAGACAUUCACUUCAGGAGGAAGACACAGUCACUGCCCGACAGAACGCACAUGCACACGAGUUUGUCUGCUGGUGCUUCUAAAUCUCCGUCCCAUUCAGGCUCAGGUUUGACCAGGAUGCAGUCGGCAGAGUUUUCCACAGAGGCAGAGAAAGGCCGCUCUGAUGCUCAGAACGGCGAUGCUCGCAGGGACAGAAUGGACAGAGGAAACUCUCUGCCCAGUAUCCUGGAGCAGAAGAUUUACCCAUAUGAAGCUCUGAUAGUGACCCACAGGGGGCGCUGUAAGCUGCCACCAGGAGUGGACCGAACUCGCCUGGAGCGACACCUGGCUCCUGAGGACUUUCAGCGACUCUUUGGGAUGACCCCAGCUGAAUUUGACCGUCUCUCUCUGUGGAAACGAAAUGAACUGAAGAAAAGAGUCUCACUUUUCUAACAGGAAGUGAGGUCGUUACCACAAGAUACUUGAUAAACGUCCGAGGAGAGAAAGAAGGAGACGGAAUAGAAGAAGGUGAAAAAUAAAUUAGGCCUUUAAACUGCAGAUAUAAUAACACUCAUCACAUCAGUCCAUUGUCCAACUAACCAAUCAAAUCCUUGGAUCACAGUAGGCCCCGCCCACAGGAUCAGAGCACUUCCUGUUCCUGAUUAAAGAAAGUGUCACUCUAACAUCCAAAAACACUGAGCCUCACCACCGCCUCAGUCACAUGAAACAGAGAAAUAAGGAGACGGAAUAGAAGAAGGUGAAAAAUAAAUUAGGCCUUUAAACUGCAGAUAUAAUAACACUCAUCACAUCAGUCCAUUGUCCAACUAACCAAUCAAAUCCUUGGAUCACAGUAGGCCCCGCCCACAGGAUCAGAGCACUUCCUGUUCCUGAUUAAAGAAAGUGUCACUCUAACAUCCAAAAACACUGAGCCUCACCACCGCCUCAGUCACAUGACCUCAUUUACUAGGUCACCUGACAUAGAGCCAUUUGUUUGGACAUGUUGGUCUGCUGCUGAGCCGUGCUUUUAUUCUGAAGAUAUUCUUUCCGCUGUACGUAAAUGUUUAUAUUUAAAAGUUAUUUAUUGUUUGAAAAGUCAGCUCACUGAUGACAUCAUCACUCACUAACAUUAUGCAUUAUGCAGUUGAUACUAAUCUGCAGCACAGCAUCUGUAUCUGCUUUGUUCUGGUGACGCCCUCAUAACUUCACUUCCUGUUUCCGUUUGUGUCAAAUAAUCGGAAAAUAAAGGAGUUCAUCAAAUGAU